CAUCUGGCCUUUCCCUCUCUGUCCCGGUCCUGGGAACCGCGUGGCCCGUGGACCAUGGCGGCGCUGAGGCUUCUGGCGUGGACGCUCCCGCGCGGGGUCUCCGCCCACCGCCUACAGCCCGCGCUGCCCCACCGCCUUGUCCUCCGCUAUGCUAGCGACCGCUGCGGGCGCGUCCACUUCUACAAGGACCCGGUGAAGGCGUUGGAGGGCGUCAAGGACGGGUCGACCGUCAUGCUCGGGGGCUUCGGGCUCUGCGGCAUCCCCGAGAACCUGAUCGGCGCCCUGAAGACCAAGGGCGUGAAGGACCUGAAGAUCGUCAGCAGCAACGUGGGCGUGGAUGACUUCGGCCUGGGCAUCCUGCUGGCCUCCAAGCAGGUCAGGCGCGUGGUGUGCUCUUACCUGGGGGAGAACGCUCUGUGCGAGCAGCUGUACCUGUCGGGCCAGGUGGACCUGGAGAUGACGCCUCAGGGCACCCUGGCCGAGCGCAUCCGCGCAGGUGGCGCCGGCGUGCCCGCCUUCUACACACCUACCGGCUACGGCACGCUGGUGCAGGAAGGGGGCGCCCCCAUCCGGUACUCGCCCGACGGCCACCUGGUCACCCUGAGCCAGCCGCGGGAGGUGCGUGAGUUCAACGGCCGCCACUACCUGCUGGAGCACGCCAUCCGCGCCGACUUCGCCCUGGUCAAGGGCUGGAAGGCCGACCGCUCCGGCAACGUGAUCUUCCGGGGCAGCGCGCGCAACUUCAACGUGCCCAUGUGCAAGGCCGCGGACGUCGCGGUGGUGGAGGUGGAAGAGAUCGUGGACGUGGGCACUUUCGCCCCAGAGGACAUCCACAUCCCCAACAUCUACGUGGACCGCGUGAUCAAGGGGCCCAAGUACGAGAAGCGCAUCGAGCGCCUGACCACGUGCGACAGCCAGCCCUCGUCCAUGAACAAGCAACAGGCCGAAGCCAGGACACGCAUCAUCAAGCGCGCGGCUCUCGAGUUCGAGGACGGCAUGUAUGCCAAUCUGGGCAUCGGGAUCCCUGUCCUGGCCAGCAACUUCAUCAGCCCCAAGAUAACGGUCUACCUGCACAGUGAAAAUGGGAUCCUGGGCUUGGGCCCGUUCCCCUCCAAAAAAGAGGUGGAUCCCGACAUCAUCAACGCCGGCAAGCAGACAGUGACCGUGAUUCCCGGGGGCUGUUUCUUCGCCAGCGAUGACUCUUUUGCCAUGAUCCGCGGGGGACACAUCCAACUGACCAUGCUCGGUGCCAUGCAGGUUUCCAAAUACGGUGAUCUGGCCAACUGGAUGGUGCCAGGCAAGAAGGUGAAGGGCAUGGGCGGGGCCAUGGACUUGGUGUCCAGUGACAAGACCAAAGUGGUGGUCACCAUGGAGCACUGCACCAAGACAAAGCAGCCCAAAAUCAUGGAGAAAUGCACCAUGCCGCUGACCGGCAAGCGCUGCGUGGACCUCAUCAUCACCGAGAAGGCUGUGUUUAGUGUGGACCGGAAAAAGGGGCUGACGCUGACAGAGCUGUGGGAGGGCUCGUCGGUGGAUGACGUCAAGGCCACCACAGCCUGCCCCUUUAAGGUGUCCCCCAACCUCAAGCCCAUGCAGCAGAUCAAACCUGAUGCUUGAGGAGCCCUGACACCCCUCCCCUCCAGGGCUGAUUUGCGAAGGAGUUAGCCACCACAGGGGACAUGCUGAGCAGCACCUGGCCAGUGUGCCACUGGCUUCUGGGCCUUCCUGACCGAGCAUCUUCUCAAGAGCCGAGUGAUUUUAAUUAAAAUUCCUA